AUGGACCACAGGCACAAGAGGGAUGUGCAUACCUCGCACACAGAGCGCAGCAACGGCACAGCCGAUAUUCGAAAAGUGCAGAAUGUUGCGCUCGCAGAUGCUACUGCGAAAGCUGGCGUUUCGCCAUGGACGAGUGCCAUGUUCAAGCUGUAUCUUUGCCUCUUCAUCGCUACACUCAACUCCUGUAUAAAUGGCUACGACGGGUCCCUGAUGGGCGCAAUCAACAGCUACCACCAAUAUCGCGAGUACUUCGGCUUCGAUGUCGACGAAGGAACACCGACCACCGGCAUUGUAUACGCUAUAUAUACUAUAGGGAAUCUGAUUGGAUCCUUCGUUGCGGGCCCCGCUACCGACUUUCGAGGAAGGAAAUGGGGCAUGUUCAUCGGGACGUCCAUUAUAAUCGUAGGCGCCUGCGUCCAAGCAACAUGCAGCAACCUAGGAGGCUUCAUGGGCGGACGCUUCAUCCUCGGAUUUGGCGUCGCUAUCACAUCGACUGCAGGGCCAGCCUACGUGUCUGAGAUGGCACACCCAACCUACCGCGGCGUGUGUACGGGUAUCUUCAACACGUUCUGGUAUGUCGGUGGCAUACCGGGAUCCUUUGUACCAUACGGCACCUCGCAGAUUGCCGGCUCGCAGUCCUGGCGUAUACCCAUCUGGUUGCAGAUGAUCUUCGCAGGCACAGUGCUAGUAUGCAGUCCAUUCCUGCCCGAAACACCGCGCUGGCUCAUCGCAAACGACCGACACGAAGAAGCGCUGGAUACCAUGGCGCGUUUCCAUGGCGAAGGAGACCGCGACUCGCCCAUUGUCAAGCUCGAAUACAAGGAAAUGGUCGAAGACAUCAGCGUUACGGGGUCCGACAAGCGGUGGUGGGACUACUCGGAGCUGUUCAACUCGCGCGAAGCACGGUAUCGAACCAUGCUAGUAUUGAGCAUGGCAUUCUUUGGACAGUGGUCUGGAAACGGGCCUGUGAGUUACUACUACCCUACCAUGCUGCAAGGCGCAGGCAUUACAAACAACCACACCCGUCUCCUCUACAACGGCAUGCAGAACGUCGUUUCCUUUGCUGGAGCCAUGUUCGGCGCCUUUUAUACAGACAAAUGGGGCAGGAGACCCCAGCUUCUCGUCUCGACCGCCCUACUCGUAGGCAUCUUCGCCAUCGUCUGCGCCCUCGUAGCAACAAACCUCGUCACAGGGCCCGACGGUAAGCCCAUCCUCGGAGAAAACAGGACGCCGCAGAUCAAGCGGCCGGGACAAGCGCGAGCAGUGAUUGCCUUCAUCUUCAUCUUCGGCUUUGUGUAUUCUACGGGGUACACACCGCUGCAGCAGCUGUAUCCUGUUGAAUGUCUGCGGUAUGAGAGUCGCGCCAAGGGCAUGGCGUUUUAUAACUUCUGGGUCAAUAUUGCGAAUUUUUAUAAUACUUUUGUUACGGGCAUUGCGUUUUCGGGGGCGGGGUGGAAGUACUACUUCCUCUUCAUAUUCUGGGACAUAUUCGAAUUCAUCUUCAUCUACUUCUUCUUCGUCGAGACCCGCCGCCGCACCCUCGAAGAGUUGGGCGAUAUUUUCAAAGCCAGACGGCCGGUCAAAGCCUCGCUGUCAAAAACUCGCAUCAUCAUGCAUGGAAAUGGCCGUGGCGUUACCGAGAUGCUGGAUAAAGAGGACGGUAUAGGGGGCGGUGGGGAACACCCGCAGAGGUUCGAUAUGGUGGUUGAGAGUAGGUUAGAUGGGGGCAGAAUGGUGGGCAGAGGGGGGAGGUAUGAGAUGGUGGGGUUUGGGAAUUCGGUCCUAGAUAGAUAG